AUGAAUGCCUUGUUUGCUGCUAAUUCUAUGAUCAUUGUGAGCAUCUGCUCAUUGUUGAUCAAUAAUGCAGUUGCAUCUAAUGCUUCAAAUUCGAGUAGAGAAUUGAAGGCGUUGAUGGAUUUUGGAUGGCCUUAUAUCAACUCCUCAGCUCAUCAGUGCCACUGGAAAGGCAUUACUUGUGAUGAUGAUGGCCGCGUUGCAGAGAUAAGCCUGCAAACUGAUGUAGGAUGCGAUGAUGAAUCUCAGUGUCACGAUCUUCGCCAUCUUGAUCCGCUUGUUUUCACAUCACUGACUAGCAUUCAUCUCAGCUCAUGCGGUCUCUAUGGAGUUAUCCCACCACAAAUAGGUUACCUCUCCAACCUAACUUAUCUCAAUUUGUCGAAUAAUGCACUCGAAAAUUGUCUGCCUUAUUCCUUAGCGAAUCUGACUGAGUUACAUGUGCUUGACAUUUCUGAUAACAAUUGCUAUUAUGAUUCCAUUCCCCCUUCCAUAGGAUGCUUAUCUAAGCUUACUCAUCUCAAUUUGUCUCAUAAUUUUCUUGAAUCUAAGCUUCCUAUUUCAUUGGCAAAUCUGAGUGAUUUACACGUGCUCGACUUCUCUCAUAACUAUUACCUCAUUUAUGGUGUCAUUCCACCAAACAUAGGAAGCUUAUCCAAGCUAACUUAUCUUGAUUUGUCUCAUAAUCAACUCCACGGUCAGUUACCUCUUUCAUUGGCAAACCUCAGUGGGUUAAAUGUACUCAACAUUUCUCUCAAUGAUUUUUCCAGGGUCAUCCCAUUUGAGAUAGGAAACUUAUCAGAACUAACUCAUCUCGAUUUGUCUCACAAUCGACUUGAAGGUGAGUUGCCGUCAAAUCUCAUCAAACUGAAUGUGCUUGACAUUUCUUACAACAAUUUUUCUGGUGUCAUUCCUGAGAUUGGAAGCUUGUCCGAACUAAGUUGUCUCAACUUGUCUCACAAUAGACUCAAGGGUGAGUUGCCUCUUUCACUUCCAAACCUCACUAAAUUGGAGAUGCUUGACAUUUCUCACAAUUUCUUUUCUGGUGUCAUUCCACCUGAGAUAGGAACCUUAUUAAAACUAACUUAUCUCGAUUUGUCUAACAAUCGGCUCAAGGGUGAGUUGCCUCUUUCACUUCCAAAUCUCACUAAAUUACAAGUUCUUGACAUAUCUUCUAAUGACUUUUCCGGUGCCAUUCCACCUGAGAUAGGAUGCUUAGCGAGACUAACUUAUCUCAAUAUGUCUCAAAAUCGACUCUACAGUGAGUUGCCUAUUUCAGUGGCAAAUCUCACUGAAUUGGAGGUACUUGAAAUUUUUCAAAACUUCAUUCAUGGUGCCAUUCCCUCUGGAAUAGGAAACCUCAAGCAGUUGGUUGUUCUUGAUUUGAGGAACAAUAGCAUCACUGGCUCUCUUCCCUCAACUAUCACCCAAUUACCAAUGCUACAAUUCUUGAAAUUGGAAAUCAAUAGGUUGGAAGGUGGUUUUUUAGCAGGGAUAGUAAAUCUGCCUGCAGUCAUAAUGAUAAAUCUAAGCAAGAAUUCAAUCAAAGAACAGAUACCUUUUCACAUUGGAGAUGUUGCUUCUGUAAAUUUACAGAAUAUUGAUCUUUCUUGGAACAAUCUUUCUGGUGGAGUCCCUCAAUCUGUAAUAUAUUUGAAUGAUAUCAAUUUGGCUUACAAUAAUUUGGAGGGACAGAUUCCGCUCACUGUCUUGCAUAAGUUUCCGAGAAAAUCAUUCAUUGGCAAUCCCAAGUUACAUGUUCCAAAUGGAUCCAUGCCGGGAGCUCCAACUGGGAUGGAGAAAGAAAAACAUUGGAACAAUUCAGUUGUAAUAUAUGCUGUGGUAAUUGGUUGUGUGUUUCUGCUUUCAAGUUUCUUAGGAGUCCUUUUCUUUGGAAAGAAAUCAGCAUCAACCACGCCUGACAAAGGACAUGGUGACAUAUUUAAGAUAUGGAACUUUGAUGGCAACAUCGCCUAUCAAGACAUCAUUGCAGCAACAGCAGACUUUGACUUGAGAUACUGCAUCGGAACUGGUAGAUAUGGGAGCGUCUACAGAGCUCUACUGCCCACCGGAAGAGUUGUUGCUGUGAAAAAACUUCACAGAUUUGAAGGAGAUAAUCCUACUUUUGACUCCUCUUUUAGGAAUGAAGCAGAGGUUCUCUCUCAGAUUCGCCAUCGUCAUAUUGUCAAGCUUUUUGGCUUUUGUCUGCACCAACGGAGCAUGUUUCUCAUCUACAACUACAUGGAAAGAGGAAGCCUCUUUAGCUUGUUGAAGUAUGAUGAAGAAGCCGUGGAGCUGAACUGGAAGAACAGGUUAAAUGUGGUGAAGGGCAUUGCCAAUGCACUCUCUUACAUGCAUCAUGAUUGCAACCCUCCUAUUUUACACAGAGACAUUUCGAGCAGCAACAUACUCUUGGAUUCAGAGUUUGAAGGUUGUUUAUCUGAUUUUGGUACAGCCAGAUUGUUGGAUCCAGAUUCGUCUAAUCAGACUAUGUUAGUCGGGACUCGGGGCUAUAUUGCACCAGAGUUGGCCUUCACAAUGGUUGUUACAGAAAAAUGUGAUGUGUACAGCUUUGGAGUUUUGGCAUUGGAAGUCAUGUUUGGAGAUCAUCCAGGGGAUUUCCUUUCCUCCAUGACGAUGGGGAAGAGAACCACGCAGGUUGCUCAAAACAUGAUGGUGCAACAACUCAUGGACAAGAGGCUACCAUCUCUGGAGGAAGAUGUAAGAAUGUCGAGGGAAGUGAUUGCAGUGAUCAAAACAGCUCUGAAAUGCAUAAGCUGUGAUCCAAACUCGCGGCCUUGUAUGAAGGAGGUGUCUCAGGAGCUCGCUAAACAUCCACCACGGUUAACAAUGCCAUUCCGCUCAAUAUCAGUGCUUCAUCUCAUGCACACAGACUGAGCUCACAAUUGCCUAAAAGCAGCUUCUUUUUAUAGUAGGAGUAAUAAAUUUAUAGUAGAUGUGAAGUAGCCAUAUGAAAUUGUCUCUGUUUUUCUCUGUUUCCGUAGUGUUUCUUGAUUUUGAAUAAUGUUGUCAAUAUUUGUAGAAUCAAGAUAAAAUAUAUGUUGAUAUAUG